GUUUUGACGGAUACUGGCUCAUCAACCAUAUACACCUUGUUAGGAAAAGCAAGUCCAGGACUUGAGUUGGAUUCUAAAAUAGACCUCUCCCCACCAUGCUAUUAGGCCUAGUUAUUCUUCAGUCAAGACGCGUAUGGAGUGUAGGGUAGUUUAGAUAAUGUCUUUAGAGACCCGUUCAAGUUCGGCUCUUUUUAAAAGGGCUGAACAGUUGAGAAGAUGGGAGGAAUCUGAAACUAAUCGUGUACCUGUUUUGGUAAAUGGAAGGACUAAAAAGAUUAAAUUUUCUGCGGGUUGUGUGUUUUUAGCUGCAUGUAAAGCUGGUGAUAGAGACGAAAUUUUGCGCCUUCUGAAAAAAGGAGCUGACAUUGAUACUCACGAUGUAGAUGGAUUAUCCGCCUUACACCAGGCCUGUAUUGAUGACAAUUUGGAGUUGGUGGAAUUCCUUGUGGAAAAUGGUGCUGACGUCAAUAAAGGUGACAAUGAAGGGUGGACUCCACUCCAUGCCACUGCUUCUUGUGGGUUCCUUUCUAUUGCCAGGUACCUGAUUGAAAAAGGAGCUAAUGUCGCAGCAGUUAAUAAUGAUGGUGAACUGCCUGUUGAUGUUGCAGAAUCGGAUGAGAUGGAAGAUAUGCUUCAACAACAAAUUGAAGAAAUGGGUAUUGAUGCUGAUAAUGCUCGUACUGAAGAAGAAAGACUGAUGUUAGCUGAUGCCAAAAAUUGGUUGAGUUCAGGUUAUUUAUCUGAAAAACCGCACCCCAAGACUGGUGCCCUGGCACUUCAUGUGUCUGCUGCAAAGGGAUAUCUGAAAGUGAUGGAUAUCCUGAUCAAGGCUGGUGCUGAUGUUGAUGCUCAAGAUUUAGAUGGUUGGACUCCACUUCAUGCAGCAUCACACUGGGGGCAGAAGGAAGCUGCUGAAGUUUUAGCUGAAGCACAUUGUGAUAUGAAUAUUAGGAACUGUGUUGGCCAGACAGCUUUUGAUGUUGCAGAAACGGAAAUGGUGCGUGUUUUAGAGGAGCUCAAGAAAAAACAGUCAACUCUACCUAAGGACAAUAAUAUUAAUAGGAAGAAAAAUGUUAAUAAAAUCCCAACUAUCCAAAAACCCUUGAUCUCAGAUGGUUUGGAAUCUAAAGGUAGUGACAAAGAAGAUGAAAAUGAAAAUUCUUCCUCUGAUAAAGUUCCUUCAGUUCAAAAAGUUGAGCUUAAAAUUCAUCCCCAGUCAGCUGGUCCUGAAUCUCCUACAAAACAUGAAAUGCAAAGUAGCGUUGAAAAAAAAAAUCGUGUCAACAAAGAAGAAUCCCAGCGAUUACCAUCUUUGGCUGAUAUAAACAACACAGUUCCUAAUGCUCUUGUUCAGAAUUCUAAAGUUAAACAACAGAAUGAAACCGAAGAAGCUCUUUCUUGGAGGAGACCUGGAUCUUUUAGAAGUCGGUUACAGGAUCAAAAGCCUAAUAUAUCUCUUAAAAUAGGUGAGAAAGAAAGUCCUACUGGAGGCUCUCUUCCUGGAGAUUCUGGCUCUACUAUGCGGCCACCCAAUGCCAAGUCUGAAACUCCUCAAGAAGUUGUUCUCAGGAGGACUCAAAGCUUUGAGGCUGACGAAAAGUUUUACCGACGCUAUUUGGAGCUGAGAGCAAAGAUAAAUGCAGGUAACUCUUGCCCUACACUUCAUUCAACUCCAGUUCGUUCAGCUUCUUUGAAAGAAAGGAGAGUGCAAACAAGAGAGGAAAGUUCUCGAAUGGGAGUUUCUGUUCCUACUUCAACAACUGUUACAUCUGCACCUGUUGUUACGACUGUAAGCACACCUACUACAACCAGUCCCCAAGCAGCUGCACCAGUGAGAAGGUCAUUUGUUCCACCUGUUCGAGAUGAAGAGUCAGAAACUCAGAGGAAAGCUCAUGCUAAAAGAGUUCGAGAAACAAGGCGUUCCACACAAGGUGUUACAUUGGAGGAAAUAAAAUCAGCUGAACAAUUAGUUAAAAAGAAGCAGCAGCAGGUCCUUCAGCAAGCUAGUCAGCAGUUAAGUAAUUCUGAACCUACAGAUGAAGUGGUUGUGAAAGUGCAUAAUGUAGCUCCGGGUCCCGCGAAACCACUUUCUAGUCCAGAAGAUGGUUGUCCAACCUCCCCUGUCGUGAGUGCUACACUCACAAAGGGAAAUGUAUCUACUACUGAUGAAAGAAGGCCAUCUUGGCGUUUGAGGGUAGACAAUGGGAGCAAGUUUAUGCUCGAGGAUGCUAGAAAAGAAGGCCAAAGCAGUAACAGCACAGCAGAUGUUGUUAAGAAGACUGCUGUUGUUACUCCUGUUACCGAAACUGGAGAUACGACAGUUACUCUUCCCUUACGGAAACCUAAGUUAGAAGAAAAAGAAACUGAAAAGGAAAAUGAAUCAUCACGUAAUGCUCAAGCCACCCAAGCUGCAAUACAAAGACGAAGAAGGCCAAAGAGGAGGUCUACUGGAGUUGUUCAUGUUGAUAUGGAUGAGAUAGAUCCAGAAAGACAAUCAGAUGUCAGUGGAGGAUUGAGUAAUAGUGGGGAAGAUAACACCAAUACAAACAAUUUAGAAAGUGGAGAUGAUUCAGAGGCAACAUCUAGGUUGAAAUCUGUGCCUUCUAGUGUUAAUAGCAAUAACUCUUCCCAUGAACGCGUAUUAAAUGAAAAUGGAGAAAUUAUCGACUAUAAGAAGCUCUAUGAGGAGUCAUUGAUCGAAAAUGAUAGGUUACGUGAAAAAUUACACCAGACAGAAGAAGAGUUGAAAGAAGUAAAAACAACAUCUGAGAAAAAUGCUCUUUUGGCUCACCGGAACUCUUUGUCAGAAGCUGAGAAAAGGGAGAGACGGGCCAUGGAAAGGAAGCUUUCUGAAAUGGAAGAGGAAUUGAAGCAAUUACAAAAAUUGAAAUCUGACAAUGAAAGGCUGAGAGCCGAGAACAGAGCUCUAACACGUGUCGUCUCUAAACUUACAUCUUCACACAUUAAAUAGCAACUUGAACAACUGAAGUGUGAAAACCAGAGGUUAAAGGAUGAAAAUGGGGCUUUAAUACGAGUUAUAAGCAAACUGUCUAAAUGACUUUUGCUUUUUUUUCAUUAUUCCUUUUCUUUUUUAGGUGUUCAUAAUCUCAUUAUUUAGUUUCGUUGUGUACAGCUGUUAUAAAUUUAUUUAAGUAUGUAUUGCUGCUCAUUCACUUUCUAGUGUUGAGCCUGUCAUCUAGUGAGAAAGAUUAUUAUUUAUUGAUUGUUACAUACAAUGAAAUUUGUUUGUAUCCAAUCAUAGUCAGUGAUUUUUAUUUUUUAAAGUAAAUUUGAAGACCUGUCAAGUAUACAUAGUUCAAUUUUAAUUUCACAGUAUUUUAAUUUUUAUUGAGGGCAUUUUCAUCAUUCAUGUUGUAUUAAUUUAAACCUGUUUUGUUUGAUGAAGCCUAUUUUAUUGACAAAUGAAUGGAAACUUUGAAAUUUAACAUUUAUAAAAAAUGCAUUCCAUGCUAAUUACUGCUCUCUAAUCAGAACAAAUCUUUAAAAUUUUAUAAAUCUCCAUUCAUUUAUACUAUGUAUUAAAGUUGUAUAUUAAAUCAUGUAAACAUAGUUACUAUAUUAAAAUUUAUUCUAAAUGUUUAUAUAUUUAUAAUGAAUUGUCAAUAUUUUGUAAGUCUUUCUCAUCUAAUAUUUAUUUAUAUUGCAUAUCAUUGUAAAUAUUUAUUCACAAACCUUGGGUUUUUAUUUAUUAACUUUUUUGUUCGACACUGCUUGAGGAUGCACUCAUUCCUUGCAAAAAUAAAAAAAAAACUGAAUUGUUUACUAAAAUAACUAUUAAUUGAUAGUUCCAAAGUAUAUAUAUUAAAUUACUGUUUGUUUUCUAGUCCUUAGUUUUUUUUCUAUAUAUAUAUAUAUUUUUUUUUUUUUUACUUUUGUUGUACUUUUAAUGUUAUUUAGUUGGUAUAUACUUUGUUACAACUACGAUAGCUUUGCUGGGUCGGAGUAAAAAGGAAACAUUAGGUGUAAAUGAUGUUCUUAGCCUGUGCAAUAAUAUUGCUUGACCCAACCACUACUGAGCACUUGUUAGUAUAACACUUUGUAACAUAUGCAUACAGAUUUUUAAUUAUGCUUGUUAGGCAAUGUAAAUUAUUAAUUUAAAGAUAACUUUCAUUUUAAGUUUUUAUAUUGUACAAAAUACAAAUGUAAAUUUAUGAAAUAAAUAUUAGAACAUAUAUGUGCCUUUGCUUAAAUUAUAAUAGCUGGUUGUUUUUCAUUAAAAUAUUGAUUUUUACCAUGUUGUAAUAAAAAGUAUCCACAGAACAUGCCACUGCCAAAAAGUGUUUUUUGGAUUAAAAAUUAUUUAUAUUUACCUACCAAAAACUAUUAUAGAUUUAUUAAAAAUUAAAAGAAAUAUUUUAAUUAUAUGGUUGAAGUUUUUCAUUUAUUCCUGUACUAUUCAUACUUCUAAAGAUACAAUAGACAAAAAAUAACAUAAUAGACAUAAGUAAGUAUUAAUUAUGUUAAAGUUAACAUAUAAGAUAAAAAUAGGAAUCAAUUGAAAAGAUAUCAAUACAAAAUAUUUAUGUUAAAAAUAAUAAUAUAAAACAUCAAAUUAAAAAAAAAAACAUUUCAUUCAUGAUCUCUAUGCACUAUUACAUAUAUAUAUAUACAGAAUUCUUCUAAUAUAUGAGACAAAAAACACUUUGGUACAUAAGGAAAGAAAAAAAAAAGACUAGGUUAAUAAACAAUGGCAUCAUGACAUUAUUUACAAAAAUAAAAUAAUUUUAUUGUAAUAUGAGUUAUCAUAACUUGUUACAACACAAUAUAAGUUUUUUGAAACUUAUAUUUCAUCAUGUUAAAUAACAUAUAAAACAAAUCUAUAUUUUUUUGUCAAAAUGAGAACUGUAAUGAAAGUGUACCGAAAAUUAAGCAUCCUACCAUAGAUUAAGUUGUAUAAAUUCAAAAAAUGUUUACUAUAGAAGAUUCUUGAUAAAAAUACUUUUAAUAAACUCUCAGUUCUUAACAAUCUCAAAAAGUUUAAAGUAUCACAUUCUUAUGCUGUACUUGAACCACAACAUGACCGAGGUGGUUUUGAUACAGUUUCGUCAUCAUCCAUUAUGACAAUAUUUCUUCUUAAACUGUUGGAUCGACUCAAUUCAUUUGCUUUCAAUAAUUCUUGUUCCUGUGCUCGCUGCAUCAUUCUUUGUGUUAAUUCUAAAAACAUAUCUUCAAUUCCAGUAUUAAGUUUUGCUGAAGUAUGAAAAUGUAUAGCACCAACUGUUUUAGCGUAC